GAAUCGGCAAAUUGCGUCACAUGUAAACCCUAAACAAAACCCUAAUUGGAAUCCUCAAUUCUAUCAUCGUACUACCAUUCUUCUUCACUGUUCCACCUUCUCGUGUUUCAAUGGAGGAAGAGCAGGAGCUUAAGAUCCCCGAAACCAUCAUCUACGACACUAUCGGUCCCCUCGCUCUCUCAGCCGUCGACGAUUCUCCACUUUCCGACCACCUCGAACCCAUCGCCGUUUUCCGCAACGAGAUUUCCCUCGAAACGCCCCAACGCGCCUCGCCCGCCUCCGCCGCCGUCGAUUUCUUCUCCCUUGAUGUCGCCGCCGACUCCUCCGCCCGCGACCCCUUCCCCAAGUUGCUCGCCGCUGCCCCCGAACCGAUGACGCCAGCUCCCGCGCCCGAGCCAAAGCUCGAGAGUGGCUGGUUCCACGGGAAUUGCAAAUUCAAGAGUCCCAUGCUUCAACUGCAUAAGGAGAUAGUGGACUUUUGUGCGUUUUUGUCGCCAACUGCAGAAGAGAAAGCUGCACGAGACUUGGCUAUAGAGUCUGUGUUUGGAGUUGUAAAACAUAUAUGGCCUCACUGCCAGGUGGAGGUGUUCGGGUCUUUCAGGACAGGGCUGUAUCUUCCGACAAGUGAUGUUGAUGUUGUCAUUUUGAAAUCAGGCUUGCAAAAUCCGCAAAUUGGCUUGAAUGCAAUUUCUAAAGCAUUGUCACAAAGGGGCAUGGCAAAAAAGAUUCAGGUCAUUGGAAAGGCUCGUGUGCCAAUUAUUAAAUUUGUUGAAAAGAGGAGUGGUAUUGCAUUUGAUAUAAGUUUUGAUAUAGACAAUGGACCCAAAGCAGCUGAGUAUAUCCAGGAAGCAGUGGUUAAGUGGCCACCACUAAGGCCCUUGUGUUUGAUUUUGAAAGUAUUUUUGCAGCAAAGAGAACUAAAUGAGGUAUAUUCUGGUGGGAUUGGUUCUUAUGCCCUCCUUACCAUGCUGAUGGCAAUGUUGCGGAAUCUUCGCCUGAGCCAAGCUUCUGCUGAGCACAACCUGGGAGUUCUUUUGGUUCAUUUUUUUGAUUUCUAUGGACGCAAAUUGAACACCUCAGAUGUUGGUGUGUCGUGUAAUGGGACAGGCACCUUUUUCGUGAAGAGUAGUAAAGGGUUUUUAAACAGAGGACGACCAAGUCUUAUUGCCAUUGAGGAUCCACAGGCACCAGAGAAUGACAUUGGGAAGAACUCCUUUAAUUAUUUCCAGGUUAGGUCAGCUUUUUCAAUGGCUUUAAAAAAUUUGACAGAUGCCAAGAUCAUCACGAGCCUGGGACCUAACAGGAGCAUUCUCGGCACUAUAAUUAGACCAGAUCCUGUCUUGCUGGAGCGUAAAGGCGGGUUGAACGGGGAUGUGACUUUUGAUAAGUUGCUUCCUGGUGCUGGUGAGCCGUUACAACAACAAUAUGGAGAUGAGGAUAUGUUAUGCAAUUGGCAGUUAGAUUAUGAAGAAGAACCACUACCGCGCGGAGUCAACACCAGUGCAGAGCCUAGCACGCGUUCUUCAACAAAGAAGAGAAAAUCUUCGUCAAAGAAGUCCAGUAAGAAGCUAAAGGAAAAUGGGGAUUUACAGAUGGUCAGGAACGAAGAGAAUGACUCUAGAAAAGAAAACAGUAAAAAGAAGAGAAGAAAGAAAAAAACACACCAAGGUGACAGCGGUUAUUAGGCCAUGGGCCAAGUUGCUGAAAGGUUUUCUACAAAAUGGAAUGCUUUGGGAUUGCAAUUUGAUCAGUGGUUUGAAACUGAAGGAACAGGGCAGCAUAAGCGUAAAAGCAAAAUUUGAGUCCAAUGUUGUCACACGACCCAAGGUAACGUGCCUUUAGUGUUUCUUAGAUUAGGAAUCAUAUACAAUAUUUUUUUAAAGGGUUAAUGGUGACUUUAGUCUCUUAAAACACUAUUAAUCCGUUAUUAAAUUUAUAUGUUGUCGUCUGUCCGAUUUUGUUAGAGAAGUGAAGAUACCAACUCUGGUGACCAAAAACCAAUGUAAAGAGGAAUUGAUGAGAUUACGAAAGAAAAUGAGUAAACGAGGGUAUGCUUAUGCCAUAUUAUUUUCCCCCAUCAUGAAUGCAAUAAUUUAGUUGAUUUUGAUGC